AUGGAUUGUCGAGACAUGGAUUUAUAUGAGGACUACCAGUCCCCGUUUGAUUUUGACACGGGAGUGAACAAAAACUACCUCUACUUGUCUCCCAGUGGGAAUUCAUCUCCACCUGGAUCACCUACUCAGAUAUUCGGUCUGCUGAGGACACCCACAGUACCCGAGGAAGGAGAAGAUGUUGCAGCCACGCUCAGUGCCACAGAGACCCUCUCAGAAGAGGAGCAAGAAGAGCUGAGAAGAGAACUUGCAAAGGUAGAAGAAGAAAUCCAGACUCUGUCUCAGGUGUUAGCAGCAAAAGAGAAGCAUCUAGCAGAGAUCAAGCGGAAACUUGGAAUCAAUUCACUACAGGAACUAAAACAGAACAUUGCCAAAGGGUGGCAAGAUGUGACGGCAACGUCUGCAUAUAAGAAGACGUCUGAAACCCUGUCUCAGGCUGGACAGAAGGCUUCUGCUGCAUUGUCAUCUGUUGGCUCAGUCAUCACCAGAAAGCUGGAAGAUGUAAAAUUGCAAGCUUUUUCACAUUCCUUUAGUAUACGCUCCAUUCAACAUUCAAUUAGCAUGCCUGCUAUGAGAAACUCUCCAACUUUCAAAUCAUUUGAAGAAAAGGUUGAAAACUUAAAGUCUAAAGUAGGGGGAACCAAGCCUGCUGGUGGUGAUUUUGGAGAAGUCUUGAAUUCGACUGCAAAUGCUAGUGUCACCGCCACAGAGCCGCCUACAGAACAGACGCAGGAGAGCCUGUGAGAUUCCUACCUUUGUUCUGCUACCCACUGCCAGAUGCUGCAAGCAAGAUCCAAGCACAUCUUGUCAACAUUCAUUGCCAUGAAUUUCUACCAGAUGUGCUUUUAUUUAGCUUUAUGUAUUUCUUUGACCAAAUAGUUUGUGGGUUAAACAAAAUGAAAAUACCUUCACCUCUACUUCUGGGAAACACCCUUUAAUGUGUAUUGAAGGUCCAUUAUUUAGGAAAUACUAUUAUAUAAAGUCACAUAUAGUACCUGGGGAUGCUCACUAGGAUGAUCUGAGAAGCUGCAGGUGAUCAUAGUUGCUUUCUUACUUUAUAAAAUUGCUCUGCAUCUGGGAUGCCAGUUUGCUCUUUUGUCUUUUAUAAGAGUAUUUUCCUUUUUGAAUCGCUGCAUAUUUGAUUCCUGACUAAAAUUGUUCUUUUAAAUUUUAUGAAUCCUGGUUAUUAAAAAUUUUAGUAUCAUUUUUUUUUACCUUAAGGGAUGAACUACGAACUACAAAAAAAUCCCAUUUUUGAAUAAACACUCCUUAAUAUAAGGUACCUAUCUUGGCUAUCUGAAGAUGCCAGACUAAAAUAAACAGUUCUACAUCCAUUUUGUUAUAACUUCAUAUGUACAGUAAUUCAAACUGCUGGGUGACUUGAGAGUAGGACCCCCAUCCCCAUAUCCUUGUUAAUUGGCAUUCGUGACAGUAAGCAUUUCAGCCUAUUAGUUAUUUCACCACUAUGUCAACUUUUUUUCAGAUUCAAGUUUAAAGUUCAGAGUAAACUGACAUCAUUCUGAGUCAAACAUACUGUAUUUCAGUAGGCCGAAAUAUGAGUGCACCCGUCAGUGUUCUAGACCUAGUUGUAAACAUGCUAAAAUCAACCACAUCAGGGAACACAUUGCUGUCUCCACUUAAUCCAUUUAGCAUCCUUUAAGUACACAAAGUUAUAUUACUGUUAAAACUUGAACAUAUUUUGGUGAUAAUUCCUGAGGAUGUAAUACAUUAAUAAAAAUCAAUUCAUUAUUCUCUACUUGUUUUCAGUGUAAGAAAUUAUAAAAUGAUACUGUAGACAUUCCCCUGCUGUGAGAGCUGUGUUGGGGCUAAUGAAUCAAAGCCUCUGGACAGAUCUGCAUAGAGGCUGAGGUUCUAACUCUACUCUGACUCACCACCACUUUUUUCUUAUGCUGUAAAUGUAAUGGCUUACAUUGUCGUAUCUAUUAUUUAUCAAGUUGUGAUUGUUUUAUUGUUUAUGCCAAAUGUUAAUUGCCAAGCUUGGAGUGACCUCAAACUUUUUUUUAAAAGCAUGACUAGAUGUCUUUAUGAUAAAUUCUUCUAAACACCAAAUUUGAAAAACCCCAAGUGGUUUUAUAAAAUAAUGUGCUGCCAUUCUUGAUUGCUAGAGCUUUUGUUAGCACUCUGAUACAGUUGAAACUAUGCUCUAUUACAUGUGAAAAACUUAAUAAGUUCUGUAUAUCAGUAGUAUAGAUCUCAAUAUCUAUUAUGAGACUAGUGUUCUGGAAAUAGUUUAUUGUAUAAAAAAAUCAACUGGUACCUCUUCUUUUAAAAAGGCAAUUAAAAAAAUAAUCCACUUUAAACCACUGCUUAAUGGUAUCAGAUUAACAUUCUCUAAUUUCCUUCUAAAGGCUUUAAGACAAAAGUUGAAGCAUUGGCCCAGAAGAGAGCUCUGUAGAAAUUUGUCACUUUAUAGAAAUAUUAUGGUUGUUCCUCAUAGCUGUUAAGUUAUUUUUUCCAACAACUAGUCUUUAAAAAAUUUGUUGUUUUUCAAUCAUCUUCAGUUCAUCACAUUGUUUCUUGGGUGUCCUGCCUUGUUCAUGUCUUUUCAACACUGCCAAAUAGAGUAAGAUGGCAAUUUCUUUAGUUGAGAGAAAUAUUCUAUCUUUUUACUGUGUGUAUGCAAAAAAAAUUAUAGAAAUUGGAAUGGGAAAUGGAAUGGGUAUAUGAAGGUGAGUACUGGAGAUGGUCAUGAAAGAACUGGAGAAUCAUUUUUUGUUUUUAUCUUGUUUGCCCCCCAGCUAAUCAUUUUGUAGACAUCUUUCCAGUCUACAAACCAACCAACCAACCAACCCUUGCUUCUUAAAAGUAAAGAAUGAGGAUGAAUUAGGAAAAUAAAACUGGAUUUAGACAUACUAUGCAAAAUGUUCUUUGUGGUAGAUUCAAUAUUAUGAGACAGAUACUUAAGAAAUUUGUAAAAGUGAUUAAUAGGAAAACCCAGAAAGAGGUCCUGGCUACUCUGUUGUGUGUUAUAUGUGACACUACAAGAAAACAGCAGGAAAGUGAAAUCUCAGAUAUUUAAGGAUUCAAGAAGUGUAACAGAAGAAAAUAUCACUGACAACAACUCUGUCUUACAAAUAGGAAUGUCUUUAAAUUAUAGAGUGUGGGAAUACUGCAUGAUUUGUAUGCUUGUAAGACCAAAGUAAUCAAUGAAGAGGGAACAAAUUAAUUGGAUUAUCAUCUUAGCAACUUAAUUACUGCAAUACAAAAAAGAAAAAAAAAACACCAAACAAUUUGGACUGUUCUUUAUCUGUUAAGAUACACACGCUGUCUAUUUUUUGUAUAAUAUUUGAAAACAAUAAAAAUUCUAUGAUUUGGGUAUGGGUUCUUUUGUAUGUAUUACCUGUCUGUGGAGGAAAGGGGUAAGUCCAUUAGGCAAACUUAACUCCAAACCUGUUCUAUCCUGGAUAUGUAAGAACCAUGACAGCUGUAUUGAAUCAAUGUUAUCAAGCAAAAAUGAGAAAGCUACAUGCUGGCUACCAAAAGGCAUUUAUGAAGUGACUAUUUGCUGCACAUGUUCCAGAGAAAAUGCUGCAUAAGGCAGUUUGUCAAAAUCAUGUUUCUUUAUAGUUAAAACCAGAUGAAAACUCUGAUUUUUGCACGUAGUGAAAACAUUUGGCCAUUGAUUAAUCAUUUUUAGUGAUGGUCCCAUAAUUAUAUAUUAGUUAUAGAGACCAUGGGUGGGUCACAAUUAAUAGAAAACAUUGCUUUUGAAUAAUCCAGCAAACUUCAAAACUUCCAUAUUCUGAUGUUGAAACUAAAAUGAAUCUAAAGGCUUUUUCAAACUCUUAGUAUGUGAGCUCUUAGAGAGCAGGGUCUGCAUGUGCCUGUCACCUGCCAGGAUUUCAUACUUCAAUAAAUGCUGUUUGGUGACUCAAA